AUGUGUACGAGUGCGUAUAUAUCAAAUGGGGAGAAGAAUAUUCAUACGGAUUCAAGAAAGAGAGAGAUACGUGCCUUCGAGGAACCGGCAACUGGGACUGGGAGGCAUUCAGUAAUUCUAUCUAAAACCCAGAUUCAUAAUAUCAAGAAUGUCUUCAAAUUCAAAACCCACAAUUCUCUUAUCUCCGCUUCACGGAGUCACAAAAAUGGCAGCACAUUCACAAUCUCUUGUAAGCUCAAAACCUCUAAGAGCGAUGUUAAUCGGAAGAGCAAGAACAAAAGUUCACAAACCAAGAUUGUUGUGCCUGAGCUGGAUGGAGCGCCGUCGCUUUCUGAGGCGGAGGAGGGGGAAAGUGGCGGGGAUAGUGGUGCCCCAGUGAAGUCGCCGCCGCUGUCCAUUCUUUCUAAUUUGCCUCUGGCUAUUUCUGAGAUGUUUGUUGUUGCUGCCUUAAUGGCCUUAGGCACCAUCGUAGAUCAAGGUGAGGCGCCAGAUUUCUAUUUUCAGAAAUACCCCGAAGAUAAUCCUGCCCUUGGAUUCUUCACAUGGAGGUGGGUUCUCACUCUCGGGUUUGACAGCAUGUUCUCAUCUCCAGUAUUCCUGGGAACGUUGGCUCUUUUGGGAGCAUCACUGAUGGCUUGCACAUACACAACACAGAUUCCUGUACUCAAGGUAUUCUUGAAAGGGCCAUCACUGUACGCCUUCAGGGGGUUGGCUGGUAGGUUUGCCCCUAUUGGAGUACAUUUAGCACUCCUGCUUGUAAUGACUGGUGGAACUCUCAGUGCUACUGGGAGCUUUAAAGGGUCGGUAACGGUGCCACAGGGUUUGAACUUUGUUACUGGAGAUGUACUGGGGCCCGGUGGGUUUCUAUCGACUCCUUCAGAAGCUUUUAAUACUGAGGUUCACGUCAAUAGAUCCUACAUGGGUUACUAUGACAGUGGAGAGGUUUCUCAGUUUCAUAGCAAUCUUUCUCUGUUUGACCUUAAUGGGAAGGAGGCAAUGAGGAAGACAAUAAGCGUCAAUGAUCCUUUGAGGUAG